AUGACUGUGAGGAGUGGGAAGGCUGAUGCAGUUGACCUCGUUAUUGCUCUUGCUCACAUGGUAAACCUCAUUAUCACUCUUGCUCUCCUGGCCAUUAUCAUUCCUGCCAUUCUUGCUCUCCAUCUUCUGGUUGUUACUGUUGUCCUUGGUCUUCUAGUUGAUACCAUUGUCCUUGCUCUUGUUCUCCUGGUUGUUAUUGCCACCCUCGCUUGCCUUCGCAUUCUCGCCACUCCCCCUCUCAAAGCAGUCAUGAGUCUCAUUCAUGCUCACCCAGAUCAUGCUUCCUGGCAUGCUGCCAAUAUGCAGGAUGACUUUGGUGCUACCCAUGCUCAUAACAUCAUUGAGAUGGAGCACAUCGCACCCAUCCCAUUGCAGACCCCCCCUGCCUCGGACCAUCCCCCACUUUCAGCAGAGAUCGACCUGGGACCUCCACCACAAUAUGCCAAAGACAAACAGGCUGUGGUUGAAGAUGUCAAAAUGGGGAAUGCUGAGGACAAAGAUGACAACAUAUAUGAGUGUGGGUAUUUGACACCACCACCCACUGUCCCAGUGGUCAAGCAAGGUUGGAGCUAA